UACGAGGAGGGAGGGAGGAUUUCGGAGUUUACAAACGUUGUAGGAUAGAAUACAAUUCUUGUGCGGGAAUUCCAUGGAUAAAUCCAAGUGAAAGUGGCGAAGGACGAAAUUUUAACCCACAUUUUGUCUGAUCCCUGCAGGCGAGAACUGUCAAUUCAGUGUAAUUCAUUCAGUUAACAUUUAUUCUGAAUUUCGUUUUUACACUAUAUAACGUAAAUCGGUCCGUGUCUUUUGGUAUUCUGUCAUUUUUUUUUUUUGGCGUGGUAUGAAUCAAGCAUUGCAGAUUGAACCAGGAUGUGUAUCAUUGACGUUCAUAAAUCUGUGAAACAGAAUGACAUUUAUUUAUGAUAUCUAUUGGCAGCUGAAGUUUGUCUAAUACUUGUCUAUGUGUAAUAUACGACAGUAGUAAAAGCCUGGGAACGUCGAUUUUAUUAAAGGGAGGAGGUCAAAACGAGGCAGGAACUGAAGGGACACUGAACUGAAGACAGCUGCCUUCAGUAUACUGACCGAGGGCUUCAUCAACCAGUCCCCAACAUGGUGCAAUCCAAAUCAGAAUUCGACGUUUGGGACUGGCUCCUUUUCGGCGCCAUGUUGGCCGUUUCAGCAGGGAUCGGAAUCUUCUACGCCUGUAUCGGCGGACGUCAAAAGACGACGGCAGAGUUCCUGAUGGGCGGCCGGAGCCUGCAGCUGGUGCCAGUAGCCAUUUCCAUCCUGGUCUCCUUCAUGUCCGCCAUUUUGAUUCUCGGAACUCCCGCGGAAAUGUACACCCAAGGGACACAGUACUUUAUGUACAUGUUCGGAAUAAUCUUGGCCAUCAUCCUGGCUUCCCAGUUGUUUGUUCCGCUGCUUUAUCCAUUGCAACUCACCAGUUCUUUUGAGUACCUGGAACUCCGUUUCAAAUCCAAGGCUGCUAAAUUAACAGGGACCACGAUGAUGAUUCUGCAACAGGUGAUAUAUAUGGGCGUGGCAUCUUAUGCACCAUCCACGGCUCUGGAGGCCGUGACCGGAUUUCCGACUUGGGCCACCAUUAUAACAGUGGGCGUGGUAUCCACAUUUUAUACAUUUUUGGGUGGAAUGAAGGCGGUGGUCUGGACAGACGUAUUCCAAGCCGUGAUCAUGAUAGCAGGACUCCUGGCUAUUGUUAUACAGGGGACAAUAUCAGUUGGAGGAAUAGAGAAAGUGUGGUCUAUUAACGACGAGUGGAAGAGAAUUGAGUUUUUUGACUUUGACCCAGACCCGACCACCAGACAUUCCUUCUGGUCACUGCUGAUUGGUGGGAUGGUGGGAUGGACCGCUACGUACGGCGUCAAUCAGGCCAGUGUACAGCGCUACUGCGCCCUAGGGAGUCUGACCAAGGCCAAAACGGCCGUGAUGUUGAACAUUCUGGGCGUGGCCUUGUUGAUGUGUGUCACGUGUGUGGCGGGGAUCGUGGUGUUUGCUUACUAUGUAGAGCAGGGAUGUGACCCGUACACCAACAAAGACGUCAGCAACUCCAACCAGAUUAUUCCUUACUUCGUAAUGGAGACGUUGGGAUAUCCGGGGAUUCCGGGACUGUUUGUGGCCUGUCUGUUUAGUGGGGCUCUCAGCACGAUGUCGUCCUGUCUAAAUGCUCUGUCCGCCGUGACCUGGAAGGAUAUCUUGGAACCUUUCCUUGGGAAAAAGACGGAGACACAGAAAACUUGGAUAACGCGGAUACUAGUUGCUUUAUAUGGAGGCGCUGGGAUAGGUAUGGCAUUUAUGGCGAUGAAUUUGGGAGGAACAGUUCUACAGGCCUCUCUAAGUUUUACCGGUGCUGCCUCAGGUCCGCUACUGGGCAUUUUCGCUCUAGGGGCUUUCUUCCCGUGGGCAAACUGGAUUGGAGCCGUUGUAGGUAGUGUGUUUGGUUUAGUGCUUCCAUUUUGGAUCAGCAUUGGUGCGUAUAGCGUGGUAGGGACCCCAAACUCACUUCCGUUUCCGACAGAAAAUUGUUCCAGUUCCGCUAACGUGACAGCAGCCACGAACCAGACAGCUACCGACACGGCAGCUGCCAUUGAAGGCCUGGACGUGCUGUACACGAUUUCCUAUCUGUGGUACCCGUCCAUUGGAGCAGCCACUGUUGUGAUAGUCGGACUGAUCGUCAGCGUGUUCACUGGUUUGACGCCCAAGGAGGAGGUGGACAGCCGAUACCUGAUUCCGCUGUUUGACCGGGUCUUCUGUUGCCUGCCGGGAAGCUGCAGACGAUGUUUACGUUGCCACAUAGAAUAUGAAGAUCCAGACGAUAUAAAAGCAGAGAAUGAUGUGGAAUUCACAGUUGAUGCAGACCAACCUGUUAUAGUCCCAAUAAAGUCCGAGAAGUACCGAGAAAACAUGUACUCCAAAAACCCAAUCGGCGGGAUUUCCUACAGGUCAUUCCGUGGGUCUGAAAACUGGCAGGACAACCCGGCGUUCGCUGAGAGCGAGGCGCCGCCCUCGUACAAUGACGUAGAAGGUACAGCAGUUCAGAUGGCCAAGACGGAACUAUAGCUAGAGUGGAAUAACUUUUCUAAUUGAUUGAUUGUGAUAAUUUUUUUUAAUUGAUCUCUGAUAUUAAAAAAUCGAAUUUUACAAUAACUAUGUACUGUUCAUGUAAAAAUGCAUUGCUCAUUUCUAUUUGAUUAAUAAAUCAAUGUCACAUAUCGUC